AUGGAUAGCUUGAUCAAGCAAACAAGGAGGAAGCAUCCAGCUUCCCAGGAAAAAACUGGUGAGGUUAGUAGCUCCACUAGAGAGAAGAAAGUACCAGCAAGGAAGUCUGUUUCAUUCAAAGAAGAUAAGAAGAAGCCCCAAAACUGGUUACAGAAGCAGUUCUCGAGGCAAAUGAGCGGCCAGAGUUAUGACCCGAUAAGGGACAUGGACCACGCAGCUGCAGUUGCAGCAACUGCUUAUGCCAUUGCCACUUUUGAAGAAACAUGGUUAGAGAGUUAUCAUAGUGGCCUUGAACUUGGACCUUCUUUGACAAGGAGCAAGAGCAGAAAAAAUGGGUUACCUUUCGAGGAACCGAGAAGAUUCUCAGAACAACUUUCGUUUCUAGAACCAGAGGCGCAAGAUCAUAGACUUCCCACGGUAAAGCCCUCAGUGAGAAAGUCACCGUCGGUCAAAAAGACUCCGACUUUCGCCAUGCAUUUGAGAGAAGAUCACACCAAACAUAGUGAAGAUUCGGUUCCUGAACCAAUGCGGAUACAACCACCGCAGAGUUCUGUGCAUACUAGUCGAAAAGGUGAUUCCACGGCUGAUGCUUGGGAAAAAGCUGAACUAGCUAAGAUCAACGCAAGGUAUGAGAAGUUAAACAGAAAGAUCGAUUUGUGGGAAGCGAAGAAGAGGGACAAAGCUCGAAGGAAGCUGGACAAAUCUGAGCAGAGCGAAAUGGAACAGAGGAGGAGGAGAGGUUUGCAGAGAUUUAGAGAAGACACUGAAUACAUUGAACACAUUUCAGCCGGAGCCAGAGCUCAGGCGGAUAAACAGAGACACAGCGAAGAGUUGAAGGCGAAAGAGAAAGCCAGGAUUAUCCGUAGUACCGGAAAACUCCCUGGAAAAGCAUGUCUCUGUUUCUGA